AUGUCUUCCAACGAACGCCCCACCAGCUACGACAUUCCUCAGAUGAAUGGCACUAUGGGGAUUCUGGUUCGCGGCGAAGACGUUCUCAUCCUAGAAAGGAGACUCAAAACUCGAGAAGUAUCAGAGAAAACGGGCCGCCAGUAUUCUGUGCCAAUAGAUUCUUGGGCAUUUCCAGGCGGUAAGGUCGAUAACGGUGAAACUCCAGAAGAGGCUGUUGUGCGUGAGUUCGAAGAGGAAGUCGGCUUGAAGGUGAAAAUUUGUCCCAUUGGGGACGAACCCCUCUGGGUCGUAACAGACGAUUGGCUAGCUAAACCUUGGCGUUGCCACUUCUAUAUCCUUGAACAGAUAGAUCCUGAUCAACGACCAGAGGUUAGUACUUAUGGAGCUCUCCACAGUUUCUCAUUUAUCUUGGCAGCAAGAACCUUUACAGCAGCUAACAUAUCUUUCUGUACAGCUGAAGGAGCCACAUAA